AUGGACAGCAAAGGCAUAGUCCUCGAGACUGUCAACAGCGUUGUCGGCCUGAGCGGUGUCCGUGACGUCCCCGACCUCGGCCAGCUGAGGCAGGACACGCUCGACAAGAAGAUUGAAGCUUGUCGAAAGCAACUCACGGACCGCCUCGCCGCAUCCAUCUACACCCUGUGGCUGCAGGAUCAGAUUGUGCGGCCCAAGAAGGCAGGCCACUCCACCGAGAGGUACUGCUACGUGUUGGCAUCGUUUGGCUUGCCACUCUGGAGGGUCUGUUUCAUCUGGAGUGACUGCUCAGAGUACACCCUUGGAGAAGAAAGGGACGAACGCGAGGCAGCUCGGAUAGAGGAUGGACUGGCCGAGGUCACUGAGCAGAUCAAGGCGUACUUUGAGGUACCGGCCGUUCCCAAAGCGGAUGACAAGGUGGCCGACACUGCCAGACCUACCACAACACUUCCCAGCAGGCCUGUAAGCAGGACAAGGUCCAAGAGGCCGUCCAAGAGAGCCAGAAGGUCAAGACUUGCGAAUAGGCCCAAGUCAGCUAGCAAGCCUUCUGGAACGCCUUCAGACAGGCAUUACAGAGCAGCAAACGCGUUGUUGAGUUAUGAGAACCUUAUCGAUCUGGUCGCGAGCGAGCGUCUCAGGCCUGAAAGGCUGUCCUUUGACAACUCUGGUCAUUUUCUCGAGUCCGCAGUUGCUGAUGAUCUCGAGCCAGUCGACAAUGACGAUGACCACGGGCCCUCGCCUAAACGGGACACGCGCGAGGACGAAGACCUGCAGGAUCGUGGUACACAUAGACGGCCAUCGGAAGACCAUCCUCAAGGCGUUGCCAUAUCCCUUCCACGACUGUACUCCUGCGACAGAUGCCAUCAAGGUGGCCACAAUACACGCGACUGUCCAUCUGGGUGGGAUCUGCCUAUGUAUGAAGCGCCCGGCUGGUGGUACCGGUGCGGCAUGUGCGGUAUGGAAAGCCAUCGCUUUACUCAAGGCUGUCCUGGUGUGGACUAUGGGCGCCUCACCACAACAGAAACAUUCUCCACGCCGUCUGAUGGCCAUGGCGACCUUCAGGAGGAGUCUCGGGCAUUCCUGGCCAGGAACCCCCAGGGAUGGCCCAGCACUGACGGAGACCUGGAGAUAGACCACGAGGCGGACACCCUUCCCCGCCGGCGCUCAGCUCGUAAACGACGAGGCAGUGCACCAGAGCGUACGUCCAAGAAGCAAAAGACUAAGCACAGUGAAGAACAGCCUCGUGGCCUGAGUUACGUUUCUAGGGAGUCCGUUGCAGGUUUCCCCAUGUUUCCAGAUGAUGGAUUCGAUAUGUGGAAACACGAGGACGGCGGGCCUCUUGAUGAGGGCCAAGACCCUCCCAACUUGCAGAUGAGGCGUGCAGGGGUGGUCGCUAGUCUCGAUGUCGACAGUCUUUUGCUGGAAAUCGACAAUGAAAUGACCACAGCAGUGCCGGCACAGCAGAACGUCCGCGCUAGAUCAAGGCUAUCAACUCAUCCUCUCGAAGUCGGACCACCACCAAAGUGCCGAGAAAGGCUUGACAACGAGACACCGGUCAUCAGCGCUGAACCCACGAGCGCUCUGAGCUCUCGGGGCGGACAAGAAAGCGACGCUAAGGAAGUUUGGGGCAAGCAAUUCACUGACGCCCUCUCCGUUGAAGAUCCAUACAUCUGCCCACCUCCUCAUGAGCCACUAGAGAAUAUCGAGCUUCUCGUCACAGAGAAAUCAUUGCACGGGGAGCGGCCGUAUCAUCCCCAUGUCUUGUCUCUCUUCGGGGGAAAGGUCAAUGCGUGGGUGAAGAAGGCUAGAAGACUGCGCGCCAUCGACUUUUGGGAGUUUACUAGCGAGAAUACCAGCGAGGACAUAGGCAGCGAGCUUCCGGGAGCCGAAGUCGAUGGCUAUGAAAGCGUCGGGGAUUGCGUUGAUGUUCAGGUCAAAGCCAAGGACACCUCCCUGAUGGAAAUGAUUGAGCUCUUCGAUGUACCCGGAGUCGCUGCGGCCUAA